CAUAAUACUAAGGCGUUAACAAAAUAAUUUUUCUGCUCUGCCAGAGCAUUACUGAUAUAAAUUGACAGGGUUUUAUCGAAGGGUUUUAUGCAUUGGACUGAAGUCUCAUUUUCUUAGAAACGAUCAUGUGGGUGUUGCGAAGAACCCUUACACAUACUCUCAGAGUGCACGGUGAAUAUAAUAAUGUGCUAAGAGCUUCUGCAAAUGUCCUUGAGAACUGGAAACACAACGCCACAAUAUACAGUCAUACCGCGGGAAGGUGCGUUGAAGAUGACAAUGUUUUGGCCGAAGAUGAAAAUUUAAGAACUUCUAAAUAUUUAUAUGGACGCGCUAUCCAGAACAAUAUAUGGUCACUGGUUUCUGUUCGAGGAUUUUGCUCAGUUAUCUCAACACCACAAACAGAUCUACAGAUGUCCCCAACAGAGUUACUGGCAGCACAGGCAGCAUAUGCUGCACAAAGGGUUCAAGGUAAGAAAAUGGACUUGAUGCAAAGAGUAACAAACAUGCAUAAUGAGGAUAAAGGUAUGAUGGUGCUAGCUGGGGAUGUUUUUGAUGUACCAAUUCGGAAAGAUAUUGUUCACCGAGUUGUGCGUUGGCAGUUAGCAAAAAGACAACAGGGAACACACUCAACAAAGACAAUAAGUGAAGUCAGUGGAACAGGAAAAAAACCGUGGAAACAAAAAGGAACAGGGAGAGCACGCCAUGGAACUCUGCGUGGCCCCCAGUUCAGGCAUGGAGCUACAAUGCAUGGCCCUAAGCCACGAAGUCAUGCAAUCAAGAUACAAAAGAAAGUCCGCCGCUUGGGCCUCAAAAUAGCUCUGUCAGCUCGUGCAGCUGAAGGGAAGUUGAUGAUUUUUGACAAUUUAGACUUGCCUUCACAUAAAACAAAGGAGGUAGUGAACUAUGUCUCUGAGUUGAACUGCAAGAAGAUUUUAUUAGUUGAUGGGGGUCCUAUAAAUCAGAAUCUUCGCCUGGCCACACAGAAUCUCCACUAUGCAAAUGUUCUACCUUCAAUAGGAUUAAAUGUUUACAGUAUUUUGCAACAUGAUACACUAGUGAUGACAGUUGAUGCGGUGAACCGAAUUGUGGAACGAAUGCAUACUCCAAUUAAUCGUUGAGUGAAAUAAAAUCAGCCACAGCUACAACCUUAUUGACAUUGGUCUCACUCCAGCAAUCAGUCCUCUGUUUGGUCAGCAUGAUUUAUGGCACAAGGAAUUUUUGUUUCUGCUAUGAAUAAGUUUGUUCUUUUUCAACUAUUUUAUUCACUAGCAAAGUAUUCUCUUGGUCAUGGACAAAUAUGUAUCCUUAUCAAGUAAUACAGCUUGGUUUUCUACAUUUUCUUUUAUUAUCUUGAGAUUGUGGAAGUCAGUUUCUUUGAAUAUACGUACGCUGUUCGGCAAAAUUUUGAAAUCCUGUUUCCAGUUGAUUUUCAUUCUUUGCAAGCUUAGUGACAUACAAAUGUCCAUCAGUUUGUGAGUUACUUUGAGCUCUGAUUCUUAUAUUCACUAUUUGAACUGAUGAGACAAACUUGCUUGGUGGCAAACUAAAGCAAGACUUCUGGUUUCUGGAAUUAUUCAAAUGUAAAAGCAUACCAUGCAACACGUUCUUUUUCCUGGAGUAGACAGACUAGAAUAUACAAACAAAUUGAAUUAAGUUUUGAACAAUUUUGUCAUAAUUGAGAGAAUUUUCAAUCAA